AUGAUGGCUCUUUGCCUGCCCGUCAUCACGACGACUCGUAUCGUCUGUCUACGCCUUCGCACUCUUCUUCACCACCGCCCACCAGCCUUUCUCCGGCUUGACUCUCCACCCGCCACCUCCGCCACGACCGCCGCCGCUACCAUGGCGACCACCCGCGCCGCUGCAGCGAGCCGCGCGCUCCCGCUGCUCCCGCUCUUGGCGCUCUCGCUCACCGCGGCUCUCCUCCUCUCGUUCACGUCACCGUCCGACGCGCUGGGGUGGACGCAGAUGUCGACCAAGUAUACGUGCAACCCCAACUCCAACUACGGCAUGUGGUUCAAGUACGGCUGCAACUGCCAGGCCAUCAACACCACGGAGCUCGGCUACAAGAAGCUCUGGGCCACGUGCCCGGGCGUCAACCCCUCCGCGUACGGGCGGCGCGCGUUCGGCAAUGUGUGGCUGGAGAGCGUGGGGUAUGCGAACUGGGUGAGCAUUCUGAUGGAGUGCGCGCGGCAGCCGUACCACCUCAGCACGGGGUUCAACGGCAAGUGCUCCAUUCCUAACAUCCUCGGCAAGCCCUACUGGGUGGGCGGCGGCCCCACCCCUCCCCCCCGCGCCAACGGCAUGCCCUGGAACUGGAACCCCGCGCCCCCCUACCUGUAG